CGCACUUCCCACUCAGCGGGACAACAAAUAAUUUUAGAGGAAUUAAGAUACAAGAUGCGCAAGUUGACCAGCUUCGUGUGCGGCACAGGCGCCGGCCUGGCGGCCUACUACCUGCAGCGGCUGCGCGACCCCCAGGCGGCGGUGCAGAACUCGUGGACGCACAGCGACAAGCCGGUGGACCCGUGGGCCCUCUGGGACUCCAACUGGGACUGCCGGGAGCCGCGGGCGCUGGUCCGCCCGCUGCGCAACGGCCAGCCGGAGGAGGAGAACCGCUUCAACGCGGAGCUGGAGAAGGCCAAGGCCAAGAAGCCGCGCCACAUCAUCCUGGUGCGGCACGGCGAGUACCUGGACGCGGGCGACUCGGACGACACGCACCACCUCACCGAGCGCGGCCGCAAGCAGGCGGAGUUCACCGGCAAGCGGCUCAGCGAGCUGGGCAUCAAGUGGGACAAGGUGGUGGCCUCCACCAUGGUGCGGGCCCAGGAGACCUCGGACAUCAUCCUGCAGCAGAUCGACUUCGACAAGGAGAAGGUGGUCAACUGCGCCUUCCUGCGCGAGGGGGCGCCCAUUCCGCCCCAGCCGCCGGUGGGCCACUGGAAGCCGGAGGCAUCUCAGUUCCUCCGCGACGGAUCGCGCAUCGAGGCCGCCUUCCGGCGCUACUUCCACCGCGCCUACCCCGACCAGGAGAAGGAGAGCCACACGCUGAUCGUGGGCCACGGCAACGUGAUCCGCUACUUCGUCUGCCGCGCCCUCCAGUUCCCCGCCGAGGGCUGGCUGCGCAUCAGCAUCAACCACGCCUCCAUCACCUGGCUGACCAUCAGUCCGUCGGGCAACGUGUCCAUCAAGUACCUGGGCGACUCGGGCUUCAUGCCCGCCGCCCUGCUCACGAACCGCAUCCCGCGGGAGGCCAAGAAUGUGGUGUAGAGUCUCCUGAAACUGCCCUCCAAACUGCCAGGAUGAGAGGCAUCCUAGUGUAUUUAUUGCCAGGCCUUAAAGUAAAUCCGUAAGCUCAGAUGGUGUAUUUGUAUAGAUGAUCAUGUAAAGUAUUGCCGCAUGUUAGAGUCAAUCUCCAGGGGAGGAGGAUCGCCUUCCGACUGAAGUAAUAACAUUUUUUAUAGAAUGCCAAACAUUAAAAAAGGGUUUCUUGAUUUACACAAGGA